AUGGAGCUAAAGGUACUAGGAGAGUCCCAAAGCAAAUAUACUUAUUAUAAUUGUAAAGAACGCCUUUAUGAUAUAGAUUGGCUAAAGAUAGUAGCAGUAUGGCUGGUUAUAUUGGUUCAUGUUAUUCAAUAUCUUCGGAUACUAAAUAUUAAUAUUUCAGAAACUCAAAUAAUUAUUUCUACAAGAAUGAUUGUCUUUUUUCUUCAAUUUGGUAUGCCAAUAUUUUUUUAUUCUUCAGGUAGAGUUAGUUUCAAACCACAAAAUUUCAAUUUCUAUACUUUUCUCAAAAGAAAGGUACUUAGACUACUAGUACCUUUAGCUAUUGGAUAUUUUACAAUAUUACCACUAACUCACUAUAUAUCUUUUGGCAGACGUCCAUGUGUAAAUUAUGUAGAUAUUUCAAAGUGUUCCUAUUUUGAAUAUUAUAUAGAAUAUAUAAAGGGUUUUUCAUGCCAUGGUUUUGAGUGGUUAUGGUUCUUGUCAUUACUGGCGAUUACUAAUAUAUUAUUCUAUCCUUUUGCAGUUAUAUUAGCAAAUACGAAUGCAGAUCUGAAUAUCAAGAAUAAUGAUGUUGGAAUAUUAACAUUUGUAUUUUGUUUUCUAAUAUCUAUAUGUUUCGGUCCUAUUAUUGCUUUUUGUUAUGAUUUAAAUCCGAUAUUUGCAAUUGGUCUUUCACUUCCUUACAUAAUUACUGUGAUAUCAUCAUUUGUAAUGAGAUAUUCCCUAAUUAGGAAGAAAGAGUUAUUAUAUUUAACUGCUAUUUCUUUUAUUUUAAGUACUUUAAUUAUAUCAUUUUAUGGCAAUAUUGAUAACUCUUCUCAAAGAAAUAAUAACUUAUCAAAUGCUCUUCGAGGUACUUUUUCUCAAAUAACUACUUACAAUAAAGGAAUAAAUAUAUCUUUUAGAAGGGGAAUUUUAGUUAAUCUAGAUGGUAGGAAAAUGUUUUUAGCUAUUAUAUACUAUAUAGCUUUUUUUGCAGUUGGUUAUAUAGAUGGUACUAUCAGAUAUAUAAAUAGUAAUGAGUAUUCUCAAAUAUUUUAUUACCAAAUAGAAUCUGAGAAAGAUAAAGAAAAAGUGAAUAAUAUACAGGACCAUAAUUAUCAACUAUUAUCCUACGCAAAAACUCAAUUAAAAUUGAGUCCAGUUCGCUCAGACCUAAGUAUAGGUAUAAUUGCAAGUAUUCCAGGUAGUUUCCGACCAUUUAUUAUAUUUAUAUCUGUAGCUCUUGGAAUUCUUAGUUUAAGCUUAAAAUUCAAGAAUAUAGGAUAUAUGUGGUCUUAUCCCCUUUAUAAGGAUUCACAAAGUGCGAUGCUAUAUGUUACGGGUUCAUGGAUCUUUGUUUUUGGACUAAGUCUAAUAUCUGAGGCGUAUAUGAACUCAGAGUUCAAUCCAACUCUUUAUAAACAUUUCAUAAUAUCUUCAAUCAUAUUUUAUAUAGUUCAUAUGUUUUGGCUUGAGGCCUGUAUUUCGUAUUUGAUAAUCCCCUACAACAUUCCCUUUGAUUACUCUAUUUUCAUUGUAUUUAUAAGUGUUAUUGGACUCUGUUCUCUAUCUUAUCUUCUAUUCACUAAAGUUAUUGGCUUAUGUACUCUUUUUGGAGUAAGUAUAAGCUUGUCAGAUAAUAAAUAG